UUUUCUCCAUAUAUUUCUUUGCAUUAUUUUCUUCGGUCUACAAUCUGUUCCAAGCAGACAAGUGUUGUCUGACAAGUCGAUCAGUCGUGUGAAAAUUAAGUGUUCUUAACACUCGCUAAAUCAGUGUACUUAUUUAAGUUAUUUCAUCGUUCUUAAAUGCCAGUCAUGAAUAACAUGGAAGAAUUGUGCUCUAUACUUGCGAAAACGCGUGAUCCAUCAGCGCAAAAAGAACAAGAUGAGAUUCUGUUGCAGCCGUUCGCCUACAUACAACAGAUACCAGGCAAACAAUUUCGCUCUGAAUUGGCCUUGGCAUUCAAUCAUUGGCUAAAUAUUCCGGCUGAGAAAUUACACCAGAUUGGCGAAAUAGUGCAAAUGCUGCACAAUUCCAGUUUAUUAAUUGAUGAUAUUGAAGACAAUUCAAUACUUCGCAGAGGUGUUCCCGUAGCGCAUUCGAUUUACGGAGUUCCCAGCACCAUCAAUGCGGCGAAUUAUGUGCUCUUCUUGUCGCUACAAAAGGUGCAACAGUUGGGCCAUCCAGAGGCUACCAAUGUCUACACGGAACAACUGCUGGAACUGCAUCGCGGUCAGGGCAUGGAGAUAUAUUGGCGCGAUAACUUCACUUGUCCAUCCGAAUCGGAUUACAAGCUAAUGACCAUACGCAAGACGGGUGGUCUAUUCAUGCUUGCCAUACGUUUGAUGCAACUGUUCAGCGAGAAUAAGGAGGACUUCACCAAGCUGACCGCCAUACUGGGCUUGUAUUUUCAGAUACGUGACGAUUACUGCAAUCUCAGUUUAAAGGAGUAUACGCAAAAUAAAAGCUUCGCUGAGGACUUGACCGAGGGGAAAUUCGGUUUUCCCGUUAUACAUGCCGUACGUUCGCAGAAACAUGAUAAGCAGGUUUUGCAUAUUCUGCGUCAACGCACUCAGGACAUAGAGGUUAAGAAAUACUGCAUUGGUUUGCUCGAGAAGUUAGGUAGCUUUCAAUAUACGCGUGAAGUAUUGGAAUCGCUCGACACGGAAGCGAGAGCCGAGGUCGCACGUCUGGGCAGCAAUCCCUACAUGGAUAUGUUGCUAAACAAGUUGUUGUCAUGGAAAUCCAAUGAGAAUCACACCAAUCACAAUGAUUUGCCAUCGCCGAGCAAUCACAACAGCAAUUAACAACCAAAGAGGCAAAAGAGGGAAACCUGAAUUAACGCAACGGUUAAUUCCACGCCCUCUUUUGCUGCUAAGAGUAAAAUGAAUCUAAUCGAAGUUUUUUUGCAAAAACUUAAUAUUUUUUAAACUAUUCAAGAAGCGUCUAUUCAACCUAAAUUAAAUCUUAAUUUAAUAUUAUCAUAUUUACACAAACAAACACCCGGAAAGCAAAAGCGUGGAGUAGAAGCAUGCGAUCCACAAUUUCUGGUACACUCAAGCGCCUAAAAUAGAUUUGUAAACAAAACUAGUUAUAUACAUAUAUACAAGCAGAGUUGUAUUCUCGAACUAACAAUACCGCACGGGCCAUGUAAAUAAUAAUAUAGAAAAUAAGCGGGCUUCAAAAAAGUAUCGUUCGACAUUAUGUAUUUCGAUUUUUUGAAAUAACGGCAUUUUGUGAAUUCAACUAUAUUUUGUAUAUGUUUAGUUAUAUUUUUUUUUUGUAUUUUGGUUAUCAUAUUGUGUAGUAGUAGUAAUAUUAAGUUUUGAGUCCAUUUACAUAAAACACCUAUUUUGCGCUGUUUAUGAGGAAAAGUUUGUGAACAAAGUUUGAAUAUGCAAUUUGUUAAGGCAUUUCGAUUCUACAUAACAUACACAUAUAUUGUUGUAAUGCGUGUUAAAUUUUUACUAAUACUUGUUGAAACCAUAUUGAUUGUAAGCAAAAUAAUUCCAAUUCUCUUUAAGUACUCGCGUGUGUACUUAAGAUUCUAAAUCGAUGUAUUUAACUUGAAUUAAGCAAUGUUUUAUUAAAAUUUAAGAACAAAGUUAUUAAAAUGAAAAAGAAAAAAAGAAAUCACUAAUUGACUUAAAAUUCGCACGUUUAAAAAUAUAUUGUUAUCGUAAUAACCAUAAAACAAAUGCAUACUUAUGUAAGUACACAAACACAAUCACAUGCACGCAAUAUAGUGAGUAUGCCUGAGGCUUGCAAAAUAUCGUUUUAGGUUAACUUAACUUUAUAACAAAUUCACUUAACUGAUUUCAUUGUUAAAGUAUUAUAAAUAAUGCACACCGUAUUAUUUUUAAUUUUACUUUUUAGCUGAUUUUUAGUUUGUGUAGGCCUCAGAUCACUUAUCACACACACAACAGCACUCACAUACAAGUAAAGACUUGCAGAAAUGUUUGUAAAGCAUUAACAAAUAUUUUAAAUAACAAAAGUAAUUUAUAUGUAUUCGCAAUAUUAUAUAUAUACAUAUAUAUACAUUUAUAACUGGACGCACGGCUGGAGAAUGUUAACUUUUUUCAAAUGAAAUGCACUGCAGUUUAUUGCACAUUGCACCACCUAAAGUAUAUAAGUAUACAUACAUAUACAUAUAUUAAUUAUUACAUAAAUAAAUAUAUUUUUAUUCAUAUAAGUAUUAAAUACUUGCUACAGAGAGAAUUUAUGAAAUUUAUGGAGUACAGCCUAUUGUAAGCAAAGAAAGUAAUUAUGAGAUUGAAAGUAAUAAAAUUAAAACUAAUAGAAAAAAUAAUAA